AUGCCCCCCAAAUCCAAAUCCAAAAAAGACCCCCAGCCCAAUCCCAAAUCCACCGCCAACAGCAACGGCAACAACAAUACUAGCAAUGGCAACAAUACCAUCAACUGGCCUCCCCUCCGUUCCCUCGUCCCCGCUGCAGACCUAUCCCUAAUCCCCCUCCUCCACGACCAAAUUUACCUAAUCCCCAAUUACUUCACAGCCAACCUGUGCAAAACCUACGUCUCUUUCCUAGCAUCCCUCCCGCUGAUUACAACCCCCGGCAAGCCAAAAAAAGACGAAGCAGUCCGCGUGAACGACCGCUUCCAGAUCCAAGAUGACGUUUUUGCGGAGAUGUUGUGGAGUUCUACGGCGUUACGGGAGUUGGUGUUGACGGGGAGGAUGGAGGAUGAUGAUUAUUAUCAGGAUGAGGGGGAGAAGAGGAGGAGUGUGAAGGAGAUGUGGGGUGGGGAGCCGUUGGGGUUGAAUUCGAAUAUCAGGGUUUAUCGGUAUAAGACGGGGCAGUUUUUCGCGCAGCAUUAUGACGAUGCGAAUACCGUUAGAUUUACAAAUAAACAGACCGCUCCCGUUCAGGCUCGCACAACAUGGACUCUCCUCAUCUAUCUAUCUAACUGCGCUGGUGGAGAGACAGUCUUCUAUCCCGAGCCAACUCGCUGGAAUCGCAAUCCGGAACCCAUCUCAGUUGCUCCGGGAAUAGGAAUGGCUUUGCUGCAUCGGCAUGGGGACCGGUGCAUGUUGCAUGAGGGCAAAGAGGUUCUCAAUGGGGAGAAAUGGGUAUUGAGAAGUGAUCUCGUGGUUGAGAAGUAG